CCUUUAUACGACCUUUCUUUGCAAAAUUUACAAGAAAAGCCCUAAAUUAAUUUCUUAUUUCUGUAGCUUUGAGCUGACAAUGAACAUUUAGGGCUUUUCUUGUAAAUGUUGCAAAGAAAGGUCGUAUAAAGGUGGGAAAUGUCUCAUUAUAAUUCGAAAUUUGCGCGGUACAAUCAUACCGUAUUAAGAAAGAUUUUGAGAGCUUUCCAGAUUUUCUGAAAAAACUGGUUUUCUAGAAAAUCGCUCUCUUAAUGCCUCUAGGCAGCUACCUCUAUGGUAUUCGAAUUCAGCAUAGUUGAUCACCUAUAACCCACCAAGUUCCAAAAAUGGAAGUGACAGUUCACGCGGUCCCGUUAUUAGUCAUUUUAACUUCAGUGCUUUUAGAAUAGUAAUAUCUUCCGAAACCAACAGGUAUGAUCCGUACUGUAAGAAUACGAAUCAUAUGUUUAUUUAUGUAAAUUAUAUAUACGUACAAAAUAUAUCAAUGACUAUGUCUACAGUCCUGCAGGUUACGACUUUUCGACAAUCUAUAAUCUAACCUAUAAAAAUUUUCACAACCUAAACCUAAUCUAACCUACGAAACUCGUAACCUAAACCUAACCUAACCUAUUCAUAUUUUGCGUAACCUAACCUAGAUUACCUUAAUACAACCUUUUGCAAUUUCUUCUGAAAAUAUGGAUGACAAAAUGUCCAGUUUGUCUGGUCAUCCUCCAGGAUGAAUUAUUAGUAUUAUGUUUCUUUUGCUAGUUUCGCAUCUCGAGAAAUUAAGAGCUACUCAAAUCAGGGAGAAAAGUUCGCUGAACAUGUUGAAAUAUUUCGCCGGCGUACAUAACAAGACUAUGUACACUUAUUUUUAUUUAAAGUUAGUGUUUUUUCAUAUCUUUAGAAAAAAAUUUUCUCUUUAAUAGUCUCCUUUCUCCCAAGAAUUUUGUCUAAGAUCUUGCCUAGAUUUGUUAUCCAAUCUAAUCAAUAUUUAACGAAAACACACUUUUUCUCAUUUUGUCUCCCAAAAUACUUGCGAGCAAAAUUUUGAGAGAAUGAGGAUAAAAGCUCAAAUGGAUGUCAGCAUUAUCAUUUUCAUGAACUUAUAGUGUUGAAAUUAUGAGAGUAGAUGGUGUUGUGUUCUCAUACUUCUGUGGUUUUCUUUCAAAAAAUAAUACAACCCCGUCUACUUUUUUCUCUCGCCACGGCACUGUGCCACGGCAAACUAAACGUUAUUUUUAUAUUUAGGCCAUUAUUUUGAUUUACAUGAGUAUUCGAUAGUUCGAUUAAUUCAAAUAAUUUAUCAACAUACGACUGGUCGAAAACCAAGUAGAAACGAUGUUCGAAUUGCUUAUCAUUAUCAUAAAUCUUUUGGUAAUAUUUUACCGUCAAUAAUAACUAUAAUUGCAAAUAUUUUUUCCGUUAUUCGUAUCAUUAAAGUUAAAGGUAGAACAAAAAGCUUAUGUAAACCUUGUCGUCGUUCAAGGGAAUCUCGUCGAGUAUUAAUCAUAAUAACAGUUGAAUGUUUAUUAGCAGUAUUAAAUUCAUGGUUUAUUGAUGUUUCAUUAAGUUUUAUUUAUUGUAAACAAAAUCUAUCGAUUGGAAAUGAUUGUCCCGCAUUUAUUCGAAAAUAUUAUGAUCUAGUAACAAUUUUAGAUUUUAUUAAUUCUAUGACAAAUAUACCGUUACAUUGCUUGUGUGGAAAAGUAUUUCGAAGAGAAUUAUCGAAAAUGUUAUAUACAUUUUAUCAACGUUUAAUUUGUGUUAUUACUUGUUCAAAAAUACCGAUCAGAAAUAAGUCAUGGUACGGAAAACAUAAUCAACAUCACACAGUACUAACACAGAAACUUAGUUAA